GUGUUGCCAAUUAUCUAAUCAGUGGACGUGUCGCUUUACGGCUGCAGAGGAACCUGGGCCCAACAUUUAUAGAAAACAAAAUAAAACCAAAUUACUGACUGAGCUCUGAAAGGGUUUUCAUUAUCCUAUGAAUUCACUUUGCUGUUUACAAAUCACGAAUUGCCUUAAGACACUCCAGGCCUGACUUCUAAAAAAAAAAAAAAACAUCUCAAAACUACAAUCAUCGAGGAAGACUUCAAAACAAUUGUCUCUGGCCAAACAGCCUCCCCUCCGAGGGGAGUUCAGGAAGCCCUGCGCUCCUCCCCAGUGUGAGCUUUCUGAGGAAAAGACACAGCACUGAUACUGACAUGAGUUCCAAUGGGUAAGUCCCGCGUCCGCUGCCUGUGCUCUCCUUUCCUAAAACUCACCAGCAACUUUCGGAGAUGCACUCGCUCCAAAAAAAGUUUGGUGAUCGCGGUUGCAUGCUCGCUCUAUUUGGUUUUCGUCAUUUCACAAGUUGGAAAUCCGCAGCGACAGAGGCACAGAAAGACUGAUGAGGACAAGGACCAGGGAACCCGUCAGUUUAGCCCUCUGGACGCUAAUAACGCAAUGGCAGACUUUUCAGAUUUGCGCAAAGACGCUGAGUUUUUAGCCCCCGUCCGAUCCAAUGUGGUGUACAUAACGUUGAAAUCAAAACGCCAAAAACCAGCAUAUGCACGAGGCACAAUCAGAUCAAAACUGAGGAAGAAACCCAAAAAAACCAACGCCACCAUCCAGCCGGUCGCGCACCCCAAACGACGCGCUGUGGAGUGGGACGCAGGCCACAGUGUGCCAAACCUCUCAUCCCGGAAAGGAAGCAUUCACGUGGAUUAUAGAUCUGUGAAUAGAAUCCAUAAAGUCUAUGAUGUUGGGGCAGAUUCACAAAUGAGUUCAAUCCGAAUUUUCAGCCAAAAGGCACCGCCGUGGUUCAGCGCGCAGGACUUGAGAACCAUGCGCUUCCUCGCGGAUGCCAAAGUUCUGCUCAUGAAAGAAACGUUUCUUCGAAACUCCACGUCAGUUGUUAUAUUUGACGGUGGCACCAGCGGGCCUCUGGCCAACCCCAAAAACUCAAAAAGGAAUUAUAAGUGUGGAGGCCAGUGUGGAGUCAUCCACAGCCCCGCGGAUAACAUGGAGGUAUUUGCAUUCCAUUUGGACAGGGUGCUUGGGCUUAAUAGGACAUUGCCAGCGGUAAGCAGAAAGUUCAGCUUAUUACACGAUGCUCAGUCCUGUCCAGUGGUGUCCUGGGAUGCAUCGCUGUACCCAAAAGGCCUCGCUGCAGGCCCACCCACUGUAAGCUUAACAUGGGGGGAAUACCAGAGCUCUCUAAAACAGGGGUGUUGGCAUAAAAACAUCAGCCCAAAGCGUCACUCUGGCUGCUCCACCGUUCAUCAUAAUGAGUGGAGCAAACUAGCUCUGUUUGACUUCUUGUUACAGAUUCACAUCCGCCUUGAUCAGAGCUGCUGCGGAUUCAGGCCUCGGCCGGAUGACGUUUGUGUGGAAGUGGGCCACCGUGCCACAUGUGGGGACAGCACAGAACUGGCAAACGUCAUUCACAGGGAUCACGACCCAAGACACCUGGUGUUCACAAACAACAAGGGAUCCUUCAGCCGUAACCAGGACAACUUGGAUUUUAGACUGCUGGAGGGGAUAAAGGAGCUUCCAGAGCAAGCAGUGUUCGUGAUGAGGAGCAGAAAGCUGAGGGAGAAACUUCUCCAGUCACUUUUUCUGGACCAGAUAUAUUGGGAAAGCCAGGGUGGCCGACAGGGCAUCGACAAGCUGAUUGAUAUCAUUGAGAGACGAGCUGAGGUCCUUCUCACCUACAUCAACGCCCAUGGGAUCAAAGUCAUCCCAAUGAAUGCCUGAAGAAAUCCGCUCAAGUGUCACUGGCCAGUGUUUUACAUGGAUGAAGUGAAUUAAUUGUUUGACAUGUGUCUGCACUUUGUGUAAUGUCUCACUUUUGGUUAAAAAAAAAGAAAAAGAAAGAAAAUUCCAGAAAAUAUUGUAAACUCCAACAUGCCAGUACUGUCAACAAAAAAAACUAAUGCUUAUAGUAUGAUAUGUUUUCCACUUUUCAGCAUAUAUUUCACCACUAUUGUAAGGACUCGUGCAUUUGGGAGUAUUUCAACUUUGCAUCCGGUGAAAUUCUUUAUUCAGAUUUCAGUAAAGAUGAUCCAGAAUUGGGUUUGUUUGGUGAAACUUCAGCAGACCAGUGGAGACAACCGGUGCACAUAAACAAGGUUUGAAAAAAACAAAAAACAAAACACUGUUUUAUCAUUGUAAGUUCCUAUCACAUUUUUGAUAUUUUAAGUAAUUUAAUUUAGAUUUGAGGUGUUACAAAGACAAAACUGUUUAACAGAGCUGUGUUUUAAUUGAUAGUUUAAUGAAGGCAAUAAAACUGAUAUUUGUGUUGAUGUUAAAAAAUUAACUUAUUGUUUGAUGCAAACACAUGAAUUUGAUGCAAGAAAAAGCAAAUGUGUUUGAUUUUCUGGAGUUACUGAGUCUGUUAUCAUUUUUGUGCGUUUUUCAAACAUUUUUUUUAUCGUGGUCCUUCUCAGGCCUUUUAGUUGUGCUGUUCUCAUCUCUUUUCAUGCUGAGCAUUAGUUCGACUAAGUCAUGAUGUAACUUUCAAAAAACAAAAACAACAGAUUGCCUAAAUAAGUAUUCCACAUUGGUGUUUUGUUCAGAUUUUUAAUAUAUUUUGUGCUUAUCUCAUGUACAAUUCCAUCCUUUUGAUUUAAAGUAUAAAGCCACUCAUGAUUAAACACCAUAGCAAAGUGAUUGUGUAUAAUACACUGGGAUUAACAAAUAAAAGCUCAGCUUUCUUAUUCCAUUGUUUUUUCAUAUGCACUAUUUUUUCAAUAUGUCAGCAAAAAGAAGUAAUAGCUUUAGGCAAUAGGUGAUUUCUUUUUUAUAUAAGUUGUUUUUAAUGUUUAAUAAAAUAUUUUGACCCUCAUAUUGCCAAUAUUGCUUCAGCAUUCACGGUGUACACUGAGGAAACCG